AAGCUCACUGACACGAGUUCGGCACUGAGGCAACAUGGCGCCGCCAACAGUCGCUUCGCGCUUAUACUCUUUGCUGUUCCGGAGGACUUCUACCUUCGCCCUCACCAUCGUAGUGGGCGCCCUUUUCUUCGAGCGCGCCUUCGAUCAGGGCGCAGACGCGAUCUACGAGCACAUCAACGAAGGGAAGCUGUGGAAACACAUAAAACACAAGUACGAGAACAAGGAGUGAUCUCUGGCAGCGAGGGGCCGCAAGGGACAGUCCCACCCGCCAGCUGUCGCACCAGUCAUUGGAGCUGGGGCCUCGGCCUAAGACUGAGUUUCGAGUUCCUCUUCGCGGACCACCUGCAUGUUGGCAAACAAUGGCUCCGCCCUACGGAUAGACUCUAACUCCUGCUGCGUGUGAAGUGUGUCUGACUACAACUGUCCACAAAUAAAUGUAAACUGUCCGUAAGA